GAGAGAGAGAGAAGUGACACAGGAAGUCAAUGAGGUUGUGGUAAACAGACUCUACAUACCCAUUUGUGUCGACUAAAUGUGAUCAUAGUGUGAUGCUUUGUGCUAAAAUGAGAAGACACUUUUGAAACCCCUUGAGAAAGCACCAAAUCUCUGAAAUCCCGAAGAGAGCAAAUUCGAAGAGAAGCAGACACAAAAGACAUGGGCAACAGUGGAGAGGAAGGAAAACUGCAUCGCAGACUUUCCCGAAUAGGAAACAGAUCGCAGAGAGAGCCACCGCGGCCCCCUCCUCAAACAGACAAGCCUCCAACAGUGGCUCCUCCAAGACCUGCUGAGACUGCUCCAAAACCUCCAGAACCUGCACCAAAACCAGUUGUAAUCUCACCAAAACCUCCAGUGGCUCAAAAGCCCACUGCCCCUCCAAAGCCACAAAUACAAGUGUUCAACAGCACAGAGCAUGGGUCUGCCAUACUCAAGGGGUUGGAUUGUUUUCGUGGUGAUGAGACACUUUGUGAUGUGACUCUGGUACCUGGUGACAGCAGUGAAACUUUCCCGGUCCACAGGGUCAUCAUGGCUUCAGCCAGUGACUACUUCAAGGCCAUGUUCACAGGUGGCAUGAGAGAGCAGGAGCUAAAGGAGAUUAAGCUCCAUGGCGUGAGCACAGUCGGCCUGAAGAACAUCAUUGAGUUCAUCUACACAUCUUGUCUGAGCCUGGGUCUCGGCACCCUUCAGGACACACUAGAGGCAGCGAGCUUCCUCCAGGUGCUUCCCGUUCUCAGCUUCUGCAACCAACUACUCAGCAGUGAGAUCACCAUAGAAAACUGUGUGGAAGUUGAACGCAUUGCCAGGGAUCUUCUUCUGGAAGAUGUCCAAGAACAUGUCCACAUGUUUGUGUGCGAGAACUUCUCCGGGCUGGUGCAGAGCGGCCACCUGCUUCAGUUGUCUGAGGCGAGCAUAACAUAUGCUCUCUCCAGUGACUCUCUAAAGGGUUUCUCCGAAAUGGAGCUGUACCGCAUCGCCCGCUCCUGGCUGUCCCACAAACCAAGCGAGCGGCGUUCGGCUGCUUACUCUCUGAUGCGCCACAUCCGUUUCCCUCUGAUGUCCCCUGCUGAACUCCUCCAGAUCUCUCAGGAGGACCAGACUGAAGAAGGAGCAGCAAGAAGGGGAAUAGAAGAAGGGGAACCAUUCAUGCGAUCGGACACGGCCUGUGUCAACCUCCUCCUGGAGGCCAGCAACUAUCAGAUGCUUCCCUUCCUCCAGCCGGCGUUACAGACAGAGCGGACCCGGAUUCGAUCCAAUUGCACUCACUUGGUGGUUCUGGGUGGUGUGAUGAGACAGCAGCUGGUGGUGAGCAAAGAGCUCAAGCUGUACGAUGAGGAAGAUGGAGGAACCUGGAGGUCCUUACAACCUAUGGAGGUGCCACGUUACCAGCACGGAGUGGCUCUUCUAGGGGACUUUCUUUACAUUGUGGGAGGUCAGAGCACUUACGACACCAAGGGUAAGACGGCUGUAGACAGCGCGUACAGGUAUGAUCCUCGCUUUGACCGCUGGUUGCAGGUGGCCUCUCUGAAUGAGAAGAGGACGUUCUUUCAUCUGAGUGCUCUUAAGGGGAAGUUAUAUGCUGUUGGAGGGAGAAAUGCGACUGGGGAGAUUGAUUCGGUGGAGUGCUACAACUUGAACAAGAAUGAGUGGACUUUUGUUGCACCAAUGUGUGAACCUCACUAUGGACACGCUGGCACAGUACAUGGAGGUCUGAUGUAUGUGUCAGGCGGUAUCACGAGAGAUGCUUUCCAGAAAGAGCUGCUGUGUUACAACCCCGAUAGAGACGUGUGGAGCAGACGAGCAGAUAUGAUGGAGCUUCGUGGUCUUCACUGCAUGUGCACCGUGGGCGACCGCCUCUACGUCAUGGGUGGAAACCACUUCCGAGGGACAAAUGACUAUGAUGAUGUGCUAAGCUGUGAAUAUUACAGCCCUGCAACUGACCAGUGGACAGUGGUGGCUCCGAUGCCCAGAGGUCAGAGCGAUGUGGGCGUGGCCGUCUUUAAGGACCGCAUCUAUGUGGUGGGUGGUUACUCCUGGAACAGCAGGUGUAUGGUGGAUAUCGUGCAGUGUUAUGACCCUGAGAAGGACGAAUGGGAGAAGGUCUUCAGUGUCCUGGAGCCUCUCGGAGGCAUACGGGCCUGCACUAUGACAGUUCAUUGCCCAAAAAGUUCAACAGAUGAAGCUGAAAUACAAGAGUGUCCUCUUUUAACAUCCAAAAGCUGAAUAGAUGGUUUAAUAUUGUUAUUGGCCUUUAAAUAUGAAAUUAGCUUCACUGCCAGUGAUGUGUAGAGUAAAAACAGGCUGAAUGAUGUGAUUUCUGUACAUGCCACUUUAUUAAUAUCUGAGCUGUGUUAAGGAAAAAAACAUGCUUGUAAAAUAAAAAAAGCAGCUAGUGCACCAUUAUUUGUUUAAACCUUGUGCAACCUUUUGGACAUUUUUGUCCUUUUCAGUUUUGCUUUGGAGGGUUUUUUAUCAUCUUACCUGUGUUAUUGCUAUUUAACUGAAAAUUAUGCAAUUUUUGUUCAAUGGCAUUCAUUCUGUUGGCAGAAAUUUAAUUAACUUUUUUUUUUGUUAGAUGGUGCCAUUUUUUCAAGUUUGGUCUAUGAAGCAAAUACUCGCUUUCUGCUUCUGAAUAUUAUAGAGCCAAUUGGAUAAAUGACACAGCUGCUUGUGUGAGUGUCGGUAUGGCUGUUAGAGUGUGGUUUGUAUGUGUGUCAUAAAAAUAUUCUGUGUGCAUGUGUAAAAUUAAGAAAAACUCAACUACAAAUCACAAAUCCAAUCACUACCAGCAGAGUUUUGCUGGUAGCUAAUGGGGAAAUUUGGUACUGCGUCCAAACAUAAUCUUACUGAAAGCUAAUUUUUUUAGAUAGCAACCUCAACUUGUUACUUUCAUGGCUUUGAUUGUCUAGCCAGUUUAUUGUUCGCCAUUUUACAUUUUAAUAUGAAAACAAACUUAAGUCUGUGUUCUCAAAUUUUUAAUUUUUUUUUUGACAUGGACAUUUUAUGGAUCGGUGUGUACCUUUUUUUAUUGAUGCCUUUUUUUAUUAAGUUAAAUGUGCAUUGCUGUUUGGAUGCGUUUUUUUUUUUUCAAUGCCCGAUGGCUACAGUGCUUAAUAACUGUAUUUUUAAAUAAUUUUUUGUCUAAUUUGCUUGCUUUUAAUGCUUUGAAAAAAAAUUUUUUUUAAUGAAUUAAUUUGUGUCUGGUGUCUUUUAUGUACAUUUCUCUUAACAUAAAAUGUCUACUGAUUGCAUUCAAGCAAAAAUAAAUUAAUAACUAAUAUUA